GGCUUGGGUCAAGCCAGUGCAUAAAAAUGACUUACUAACUUUUUUAUUAUCUUAAGAGAGGGUUUGAAGCGUUUGGGGGGUCAGAUAGGGCGGUAUUCUGAAGUAAAACAUGACGAUAAGGGGAGGGGGUGAAGCACUGAGGAAAACGGGCUGCUUCGCGCAGAUCUAAAAGAGGAGAAACCAAACCAGCGUGUUAAUGCUGGAAAUAACCUGGGUUAGCGCUACACCGACCACUGAGGUUGGCAUUAGAGAAAGUACGCAGGAGACAAGGAGAAAAUUUCAUCUUCAGGCACCACGUAGGAAACCUGUGCACUGAUUCUCUUAUUAUCACUUUUAAACUGCAUCUGUGCACACGGUUUAAAAUGAAACACAAAAAAGCCCCAACUUGAGAGCAUGCCCUGUAAGAGCAAAAUGUUGCCCUGUUGGCAAAGUGCCGUUGUUGCAGAUUGGCUUCAGUGGAGACCUGAAGCUUCCUGUUCUCCUCUACUGGGCAGCAAAGGAGGUUUUCAAGCUAUGUUAAGUAUAGGGAUUUUAUUGUCCAUAAGGGCAAAGCUUCCAGCAGCAGCUGCUCGUUCUUUUACAGAUAUUUUUUUCAUGGUUUUAAAACUUGUUGUGGUUGCAUUUUUAGUUAAAACAUGAUUGUAAUGCUGGAAUAUUGUUUUCUAAGGCACUUAGUGUUUCUCCUGCAAGUAUAGGAUAUCAAGAAUACAUUUUAUUGAAAACCUUCAUUUUGGGGUCACUAUCAGCACCCCUACUAUCACAAAAUUGACAGAAUAGAAACCAUCUGCUCUAAGUAUUCUUUAUAUUCUCUGUGUGCAUUUUGCCCUUUGUUCAGGUAACUGAAGCAAUAUUAUUAUUUCAUGGUUUCUUUAAGAUGAGUGGACUAUUUGAAAUCAGAUGGUAUAUAUUUUUUAAUUGACUCAGUUUCGGGUGUCAGACUUGCAUCUUCAACCUGCUACCUGUUCAAGUGACUUCCCAUGCCUUUUCAAAAUUCCUUUUCAGAAAAAAGUCAUAAUUUAUAAGGAGAUUUGACAAUGCAUACAAAGCAGAGUCAGACGUUCAGAGCGAACAAUCCAGAUUUCUUUCUUUUUUUCUAAUCUGUUUGUUGCAGUAGCUUUAGGUGUAACUUGGCAUCAGUAAGUGAAGGUGUUUCAGGUAGUAGUAUGCUGACAGUGACCUUCUCCAGUUACUUAUUCUGAACUUUGGGCAAAUGAGGAUGCUGGUGAGGUUUUCAGCAACAGGAGGAUAUUCAGACAGGAAAUAAAAACAUUAAUGAAAAUUCCAGAAAGCCCAGAAAAAAAUGUUUGUUUUGUUGUGUUUGAGAAGGCCUUGUCAAUGUUCUGCAAGAUUUCCAGUCAAGUCACUGACCCUCUGAGCAGGAAGCAAACAUUGCCUCUAAUAAGUGCACUUGAGGGCUCAGUUUUUGGAGUGGUAUUCAUGUGUGAUUCUGUUAAAUUGAAUUUGGGUGGCAUUGGUUUUUUAGAAAUUGAAGGAAUCAAAUGUACCCAAAGAAUAAUUGUAAUAGUGAAAUUACCGAACCCAGUGCUGCGGGUAGGAAGUAGGAGCUCUGACUGACUGGGCUCCCAGGCCAGACCCAGAAUUUUCAGUCAUUCAGGUUUGGUCCCACGACGCAGCAGAAGGGAGAAAGGCACUUUGGACAGUCUCUCCUGGGACUGGAAGGGCUGGAGGAGCCCUCCUUAGGAGCAGGUGCUUGCUCUCGUUAUUUCAGAGAGGUGGGCAGGGCUCGUUCUGAGACAUCAUGAUGGACAGUACAUCUACUGUCACCGGGCUGUCAGAGCGCUCACCACUCACACCCUGCCCGCGCCUGCUUCCAAGACCACGGGCUUCCCUGUGGAAGGGUCAGCCGCUUUCUGUGUUUUUGAGCCACAGGACAGCACGGGUUAGAAGGGACCUUGAAAGAUCGUCGGGUCCAACCUUCACUAGAAAAGGGAGCCUAGGUGAAAUUAUCCGUCACCCUGUCCAGUUGUGUCAUGAAAACCUUCGGUUAAGAGGACUCCACCAUGUCUCUGGGAAGUGUGUUCCUCUGUAAAAAAUACCUUACAUCAAGACAAAAGCUCUCCCAGUGAGACAAAACCUCUCCCAGGGCUGCCUGUACACAUUGCCCCUCACCCUCUCCGUGUGGCUCCUUGGGUAGAGAGUGCCUCUGGCCUCUUUGUAGCCACCCUUUACUAGAAAGCUGUGAUGAGUCCCCCUCGAGCCUUCUGCAGGGUGGAUAAAACGAAAACUCCUUCUGCCUUGCCUCAUGGGGCAGGGUCUUCAGCCCUUUGAUCAUCUUUGUGGCCUGCUUUUGGCUGCUCUCCAGUCUGUCUGCGUCUUUGUUUUUGGGUUGUGAGGUUUUGAAUUGUUUUCCCCAACACGUGCUUCACGUGAAGUGCAGGCAGAAACCCCGAGACAAGGAGCAGGACCUCAGGCUCUUUACUGUCUCAUGAGUAAUCGCUGUCCCUUGCAAAAGAUGAGUAUACACACAGCAGUUUUGGUUGGCUUCAGGUAAACCACAAGGUAAUUACGGAGCAUUGUUAUCUUGUGAUAAAGUUGUGUUGCAGGGAGGCAUGUGUAAGAGAAGGAGCUACUUUUUUUUUUUUUUUUCUGUUAAAAGCAAAGCAAAAUAACAGCAUUUCAGUGUACUGAUCUUGUAAAAUUUAGCCAGUGUUAUCUCCUUAGACUAUCAGCUUUUUCGGCGUUUGCAUCCUUUAUUUAACUUUACUAGGCUACCUGCUUGUUAAGAGGAGUGUUCUACCUUUCACUGCAUGCCGAAAGCAAAGAAAUUGAACAGUGUAUUCCACGUAGGCUUUAAACCCAUUCUUAGUGUUACUAGCAAACACUGUGUCAGAUCUUUUGACCAAAGUGUAUACAACAAUUCACGUCUUCAGAUACAAACAAAACUCAGGUAGAAUACUUCUCAGGGAAGCCCGUGAGUUUUUUGUGUGAAGCAAUGUACCACCAUGAGGCAAUAAAAGGAAUAAACGUCUCACAAUACACAAUGUCUAAAAAAAAGUUAUGUUAUUAAUUGUUAUUAAUAAUAACAUAUAAUGAAGAAAUAGAGACAUUCCUUCCAACCCACAUGGGAUACUAAAAUAGUUAGUAGGAUCAUGUGCGGUCAAGAAGCAGCAUCUACACAUUUACCAUGCAUUAAUGAAUCAAACAGAACAAUGUUUUGCAAGCAUUUAAAAUUAGCAAUAGAAAACUUCUAUAAAACUGAUAACAGAAAUUCUUAUUAGAGUAUAUUAGUUAAGAUAAUUAAGAUUCAUUUUAAUAUUGUGUUAUGUAAUCAAAAUUGCAUACCGCAUCUGAGCACUUUUAUCCUUUCCUACGUGUUUUUUACGCUACAUUUUUUUCCACAGUUGUCAGAAUUUACUACACUGGAUGUGGGUGUUUGUGAAGUAAAGAGUUACCUUUUAGUUACAAACAGUAGAGGAACAAUAUUUUUCCCGUUCUUGUUUUGUUCUGCUUUUGUUUUUUAAGUCAGCGCUUAAAAGUGAUCAAUCAGGCUUCCUUCAAGAAUGAUUGCAAGGGCAGAGAACUGCCUUGAUCUUGAAUUAUCAGCAAGAUCUCGGAGAACUGCCUUGAUCCUGUAUUAUCAGCGUGAUCUUUUCCCUUUGCAUUUUGUUCACAAGGCAAGUAGGAAAAACAUAUUCCACGGCCAACUAAUUAGUAAUUGUUAGGUAUAAAUAGGAGGAGGAGAAUGUCCAUCAUGGGAUGAUUUAAGUUAGGUUUAUGAUUCAAUUUGCUUUUAUAUCAAUUAUCAGUAUCUAAGUAAACGAAGUUAUUAUCGGUAACUAAGUAAGCUUUUAUGCUACUUUUUUAAGUAGCAUUAUACAUUGUGCGGUGUAGCAUACGAGAUGACAUGAGUCUGAAAUACAUUUGGAGCAUGAUUUGCAGUUUGCUCCCUUAUUCAUAAAUCUUUUGUACCUAAGUGUUUUAAAUCCUUAAGGCUUCUAUGCAUAUUUCAGGAGGCACAUUUUUGACAGAUGGAUCACAUUUUUUGCUCUAUUUGCAACAGCAGCAGCAAGGUAGUAGUUAGCACUAAAUGCACGGGGGAGCGUAAACAUUCCCAAACCUCUUUUUUAUAAGGCAUUAUUCCAAGCUCUGGAACUUGCAACAUGGAGCUAUGUGUUGAGCUUUUCUAUUAGCAAUGGGUAUUUUCGUCUGAAUGCUUAAUGUUGUUACCAAAAUGGUGCAACACAAUUAAGUGUCAUAACCUGGGAAGUCCUUGAAAUAGAGGCAUGUGCCUGAGUGAUGUGAAUGGAAGCAGGGAUUGUGCUUUCCCUUCAUUGAGCUCUCCCUUUCCCAUGUCUAAUCUGUUGAGAAGGGAGGGCAGGAUCUAUGGGAGGGGGGUUUGGGCAAUAGCGACAGCUGAGGUGUGCUGGGACCCCUCUUCAUUCCCAGCCCCCUCGCACCCCAGCCUUCUGUUCCCCGUCCCACCUGCCCUCCAGCGUGCCUGUUGCCCGGUGGUGAGACCACUCUUCCAGGAUUUGGGGACCUGCAGUCUUGUCUCCGCUGCAAAAUCGAGAGCAGGAAAGUAAACCAAAAACAGCCCCACAGGUUUUCUAGCUCCCAAAUAGCUCUUUCACCAUAAAUACCCCGUGCUUAUUUAUGACCGUCCUCUGCGAGAGUCCUGAAGUACCAAGCGCAUUCUGAAAAUGGCUGUUGAGUCUCAGGCAGUAGGCCAGAUGCAGACUAGCUCCUUGUACAGCAAUCUCGGCAGAAACUUGGUGUCUAGAAGCUGUAAACACCUUCAGGUUCAGCUGGUAGCUGAGUGGGAUUUCUGGAUCUUGCUGCAAGUCUCAAGAUCACAAAUCAAAUGCUUAGACUGGUGUCUAGAGUUAGACUAAUGCGUGUUUAAUGUAUUUGAAGUAGCCUGAACACGGAACAGGAGGGCACAAUGCUAUCUAUCAGAUCAGUUCCCUACAAAUAAGCUCAUCAUAUGUUAGGUUAAAAAGAAUAGUGUUGUUUUUUCAAAUCAUUUCAAAUCUGUUCACUUCUGUUAGAAAAACAAAGCUUUAAACAAAGCUUCUUACCUUAAGAAGACUCCUUUUUGGUUCAUCUUUUUUAACCAUUUCAAAAUCGUAAGGGUGAGCCUAGAGGACAGAGGGAACGCCUGUGUCUUCUUCCCAGGUGAGGGCUGGCACCACACAGGCUGCACUUCAUGCCUCCUCGCUGACACCCAGAGGUACACGUACCUGCAGUACCAGCACUAGUAGCUAUCAGUUUAGAUGGGAAGGCGAGUGCCUGCUGAUAAGUCAGGAAGGUAUUUCUUUUGGGGACACUGAUCACAUGGAAGUUACAAACCGCGUAUUGUUGUUGAGAGUUUUCAAACAGAUAAAACGUAGGCAGCAAAAUCUAAUGAUCUGUUGUUCACGUUCUGGGGAUAGGGUCCAUUUACCUCUUCUUCCCUGGGUGUUGAAUUUGUCCAAGUGCUACACAUCUCCCUGUCCAUCCUACGUGAGGUAGGUUUAGCUAAUGGCUGUACUAGAAACAGACUGCCUCUAAUCAGUAGCGGUCUCUUUGGGAGAGAAAGUGAGAGCACUGGCUGUUCGCUUCAUCUUUAGUGUUCGGAGGUGCACGAUCCAUCACCAAGGUUAUAAGAGUUAUUCUUUCAGAGUGUUUUACCGUAAGCAUAAAAAAGAAUGUGUCAGCUUACCUAUUCUGAGCCUGUUGCAUUAGUUGUUUCUAAAAGGUUCGCACAUUCUUUGGAAAUGAACUCUUUAUGCAAGAUGGACACCAGGGAACCUACAGGAAAGGCUCCUAAAAUAAUUCACUAAUUUCAGUAUUUACAGGCAAAACUCUAAAACUUGAACUUCUGGGUUUAUGUUCAUAAUUCAUAAAAUGUGAUUUUUUUUGGUCAGUUUAGGUGGAAAUACAAGAAGUUUCCGCAAAAAUGUAGACAUACAUGUGCACAGCCAGCUCCAGUCGACUUCAUUAGCAUCAAGAUCUGGCUAUUAAGGUGCCCGCUCCUGCAGGUGUUGGCAUGAUUUGGACCCCUGCAUCCAGGCCCCCAUUUCACAAGAUGCGAGCCCAGUGGUGUCCCAGCAUGACCGUGCUGCUCGGAGCCUGGCCUGAUUGCUUGCCUGCCCCGUUUCUUCCCUGAAUUAGGAGACAAGUGGCCCAACAGAAAAAGAAGUGAAUUAUUUUCUGUCAGUUUAUCGAGCUGAAAGAGUUCGGUGGAGGGUGGGGUGAGCAGCCAUGCCUGGCAGGGGGGGCAGAUGGGACCGCGUGGCAGGAAACUACAGGGGCAGCUGACUCCUGUCUCUCAACUGCGUGUGCUUAAUUUUCUCAUAAUACCUAGGUUCUUACAAAUACCACAGAAGAUAGGAAAACAGAUAGGAGAGAGAUUACUAGGGAUCCCAAAAAGGAAGAGGUUGGAGCUCAUGCUUUGUUUGACACCCAAGAGCUGAAAUAUGAAGUCCAGUAUUUCCUGGAUUCAUCCAAUCCGACGCUUUUUUACUAUCUGCUUUUAUUUUCAUUCUGGCAGUUUUCAAAUAAAAAAAAAUAGCUUCAAGUAGUAGCACUAUGUUUCAAAUACAUGGAACAAAACGUUCUGACUUAAUAUUAUUUGACCUGAGUUGGGGAUAGCUUGGCCUGCCCGAUGUUGUGUCCUUUAGAAAGUUAACAGUUAACCAGGGUAUGCGAUUUGCUUCAGUUUUCACUUUUUUGCAGUUUUAAGCAGUGCUUGUUCAGAGCCUCAUUUAUCUUCUCAUUACAAUUUGCUUCUAUUUUCUUAGUAUUCUCCUAAAGCAUUCUUCCUUUUUGGAUAGCAGCAGUAGUAAUAGUUACAAGACAAAUACAUUUCCAUAUAUCCUCUCCUAAAUAUUUUGUGUUGUUCCCCCCACCCCCGCUUUUAUAUUCUGUUCUUCUGGCUCUGUGUUUACCAGUACACCAGCUAGCAGUGAUCUGCUCUGAUAGAGCUGUCCAGGAUUCGGCUGGAACACCUGAGCGUUUUGAUUUCUGUUGUAGAGCACUCGGCAGUAGCAGCAGCUGGUUUGCUUGCUUUCACCUUAGGCCCUCAUAUAAAAGAUUGUGUCUCACAGUUCUUGAGCGCUUCCACAUUUUGGUUUUGUACCACGUCCCUUGGAGCUAAGCCUGAUGCAGUGGAAGGAAGGUCUGGAAAUUGAAUGUCAGUGUAUCUCGGAUAUCAGGGCAAAAUAUGAACUGCUAGUAUAAUGUGCUUUUCUUAAAGUCCAACAUAGCUUUUUGAUGGUGCUGUACAAAAUACAACGUCUUCUUAGGAUUUUUCAUACAGGACUUCAGUGGCUGUGUCUAAAUUCAUAAAUACUAUUGAGCUAGUAAGGCUGGGUAUUAGUCACGUUCUUACCAGGUGGCUUAGCAGUUGUUGUGGGCCCCUACAGAACUUGUAGAAAUUUAAGCAAAGUGAUUUUAGUACUGUUAAGCUGGCAUAAUUUAUGUGUGGAUCAAUUCAUAAAUGCAAGUCCCAAAAGAGGGGAUUAUGGUGGGUAGGAGGAGGUAUCUGGGGGGUUUAUAGUAGCUCCGUGUACAGCUGAGGGAUACUUUUUCUGGUGAUGAGAUGAAGACAAUCUCACGUUAUCCUCUUAAGGAUGCCCUUUACAAGGCUGUAUGUAAGGGCCAUGUUGAAGACGAGUGUGUCAGAGGAUAUUUGGGUUUCUGGAGUGGCCCAGUAUGAGCAGAUUUUAACUUCAUGCAUCUUUUGUUUGGAUGUGUGCUACCUGUUGCGGUGCAGUCAUACAAAACCUUACUCUGAAUGUGAUCGCAUGCUUACCAUUAACAGCCAUCCGUGGGUGACAAAGAAAAAAUAAAUUCACAGCUACUCAAUAUUCAAAUGUUUUAAUUUUUUUUAACAAUAUUGUGAGGUUAUAUUUUUUUUUAAAGUAUUCAACACUAUUUGAAAAUAAGGGAAAGUGGGUUUUUUCCUAAAACAUACCCUCUUCCCCCUCCUCACUCAAAUCUCUCAUUUAGAUUUCAUUGUAAUUCUCACUCAUAGGCUGUGUGUACACUUUUGAUGGAUUGUUUGCUUUUAUUCACCUGCUCCAGCUAGAAACAAGCCUCUCUUCCUAGUAAUAUUGACAAAUUUCAGGCCUUGGUUAAAGGAUAGACGCAAACAGUUUAAAUAAAACUGUACGAAGAAGGAAUCUAACUGUGGAAAUUGUAAAGUAAUAAUAAUCCGGCCAAGUAAACAUAAGGCUGGGCGUAGAUGAGCGUGAGUGGUGUGUGACAGUUUUCCAGUCACCAGUUUACCAGUUGAGAGUGUCAGGUUGCAGCUGUGUGUGUACCUCCUAAGGGCCAGGGAGCUCGCAUUAGGUUAUUUGCUUUGCCGAUCUCCACAAGACUUACAAUAUCUUUUGGGAACAUGUCCACAGACUGAUGUUUAUCCCGAGUAAUUAUCCAAAUUAGUUUUCAAGGAAGCAGAAAUAAAACUGAGUCUUGCAUAUGAGAAGUAAGGUUAAAAUCAUGCUAGGAUAAGACAGAUUAUUUACUUUUCCUUACAAAAAAAACCCACAAAACAUUCUUACAUUAUUUAGAGGCUGUUGGCUUACAGUAAGAAAAAAGGUAGUUACUGCAGAUCUACAGGUUGCUCAGUUCCGAUUAAUGCAAUCUGUAUCAGAAGAUCAACGAUUUUAAAGUGAAAACUUAUUCCAGCAUAUGUAUAUUCCACUUACUUCAUGAUGAGUUUUACUUAUGCGAUGACUUUGGGUCACCCACAAUGACUGCAUGAAAACAUUUGACUGUAAUAAGUGGUAACUUAGUACAGGAUGGAGAAUUCAAUACAGAUAACUUUCAUUUCUGUACUGCCAAGAUACUUUAUAAAGAUGUUUAAAACAACUUUCUCAAUACUGGAAAAUCACACGUUGUUUUAAAUAACUUCCUAGCCAUCGUGUGUUGUCUGCAGCAGAGUUCACGUGUUGACAGGUCUAUGGCUGGCAAUGGAAUUUACUGAAAAUCCCUAGUUACUGCAAAAGUCCAUAUCCAUGGGCUGUUAACGCCCAAUGGCUGUGGAGUAAAAGUAAUUACCAAAAUAGAUGUAGGUGUGUCCGGAUUCCAAAGAUGCUGAUACCUGGUUUUGUAUUUUUGUUUUGUUUUUUAGUGAGAUAGAAGAUGAAUUCAGCUGAAAUCACUGAUGAUGACGAAGUAAAAAUUCCUAAAAAAAAUAUUGUGAAAGUAGAAACAGAAAAUGAAGAUGAAGCUCUAGACUGCUCGGUAACAUCCAGAUCUUCUGAGAAACACUCACUGGAUGGCGCAGUUACUUGCCUACAGGAUUCCAACAAACGGAAACAGACCUCACUUGGUUGUGAUGGUUCAGGGAGCCAGCAAGAUGUCUUACCCAGUGUGAAGAAAAGACGCUUUACACAAGAGGGCUGCAAUUCAAACAUGAAGAACAGAGACGCUGGCUCGCCCACUCAGGUAAAUACAGAGCAGCCAAGCAAGAACAAGAAUCCUAAUAUAACGUGGCUCUGUGAAGAAGAACCCUUCAGUGACAUAACCACUUCGUCUUACAAGAAACCUCUCUAUGGCAUCUCACACAAAAUUACAGAGAAGAAGAACCCCGCAGGAGCGGAGCAGUUUGCCUCUUACGACCUGUAUGAAAAAAUCAGUCCCAGCAGUCCCUCGCAUCUUCGGACUCUGAAUGACCAACGCAAGAGGGACUCUGCUGCAGCCAUCGCCGCAGCAGCUGCUGCUGUAGAGUCUGACCCAAAUAUAUAUUCUUUGAUACAGAAAAUGUUCUACACACUGAACACCCUCAAUUCCAACAUGACUCAACUUCACAGUAAAGUUGACCUGCUGUCUCUGGAGGUGAGCAGAAUUAAAAAGCAAGUCAGUCCGGUGGAGUCCGUUGCAGAUUUCAAGCCUCCCCCCGAGUACACGCUGACUUCUGCAGAGCUCAAACAGAUCAUGGAUCAAAGCACGUCAGGGGGAGACCUGGCUUGCCGGUUACUAGUGCAGCUCUUCCCAGAGCUCUUCAGCGACGACGAGUUCAACAGAAACUGCAGCGCGUGUGGCUUUCUUAACAAAAGGAAACUUGAAUCUCUUCAUCUGCAGCUUAUCCGUAACUAUGUGGAAGUUUGUUAUCCUUCUGUGAAGAAUACAGCUGUCUGGCAGGUGGAGUGUUUGCCUCAAGUCAAUGAUUUUUUCAAUAGAUUUUGGGCUCAAAGGGAAAUGGAAAAUAGUCAGCAGAGUGUGCAAUCAUCUAGUUUUUAUGAUACUGAGCAGGUAGAAUCCUCUCAUUUUAUUGACGAUAAAGAGCAGGAAGAAGCUUUGUCCUUGGACAGGAGUAGCAUCAUUGCCUCAGAUUACAUUCUGGAUGCUCAGGAUCUCAAUGAAUUUUUAGAUGAAGCUUCUUCUCCAGGGGAAUUUUCUGUUUUUUUGUUACAUAGGUUGUUUCCAGAACUCUUUGACCACAGAAAAUUAGCUGAAAGGUACAGCUGCUAUGGAGACUCUGGGAAGCAACUGCUGGAUCCUCAUCGGCUUCAAAUAAUCCGUAGGUACACUGAAAUUUACUUUCCAGACGUGCAAGAAGAAGAAGCCUGGUUGCAGCAGUGUGUUCAGCGAAUAAACGAGGAGCUUGAAAAUACGUAUAUGGAUGGAAGUGAAUGCGAUCAGUUGAGAGAUGACUGUUACGAUUCUUCUAGUUUACCAGAUGAUGUAUCAAUCAUAAAAGUGGAAGAUAGUUUUGAAUACGAAAAACCCGGUAGACGCUCAAAAAAAAUCUGGCUUGUGCCCAUUGACUUUGAGAAACUUGACUUUCCCCCUCCUGAUUUCGAUGUCCCUGUCCCAGAUUAUCUGUUGAACAAAGAACAGAUUAAAAACAUAUAUGAAAGUAGUCUUUCCAUAGGCAAUUUUGCCUCUCGAUUGCUGGUUCUCUUAUUUCCUGAACUGUUUACGCAUGAAAACUUACGGAAGCAAUACAACUGUAGUGGGUCUUUAGGCAAGAAACAGCUCGAUCCCACUAGAAUUAAAUUAAUUCGACAUUACGUGCAGAUACUGUACCCGAGGGCAAAGAAUGACAGAGUGUGGACGUUGGAAUUUGUUGGGAAGCUUGACGAGAGGUGUCGGCGAAGAGACACGGAGCAAAGACGCUCAUACCAGCAGCAGCGGAAGGUCCACGUGCCGGGGCCCGAGAGGAGGGAAUUUCUCAGCUAUGCAAUAAACCCCGAAAGGUUUCGAGAAGAGUUCGAAGGGCCACCGCUGCCACCCGAAAGAAGCAGCAAGGAUUUUUGCAAGAUACCACUCGAUGAACUUGUUAUUCCUAACCCAGACUUCCCUGUGCCUUCUCUGUAUUUGCUGUCUGAUAAGGAGGUGAGAGAGAUAGUACAGCAGAGCCUUUCAGUUGGAAACUUUGCUGCCAGGCUCCUUGUAAGACUCUUUCCAGAACUCUUUACUCCCGAGAAUCUCAGACUGCAAUACAACCAUUCAGGUGCUUGUAACAAAAAACAGCUUGAUCCUAUCAGACUGAGACUGAUCCGUCAUUACGUGGAAGCGGUUUACCCCGUGGAGAAAAUGGAAGAAGUAUGGCAUUAUGAAUGUAUACCGAGCAUUGACGAAAGAUGCCGGCGUCCUAACAGAAAAAAGUGUGAUAUACUGAAAAAAGCAAAGAAAGCCAAGAAGUGACAGGCUCUUGAAAUUCCUAAGACUUUGACCACUAAAUUAUUGUCAGGAUGAUGCUUUGUUUUAGCCUGAGGGGCCUGUCAGGGGCUGGGGUUGCUCAGCAUCUAGGACAGUUAGGCACUAAGUUUGUUGCAUUUUAACAUGUGUGUUGCAUCUAUGUGGGCACGGCAGCAGUGGGAAGUGGCUUACUACAUUUGUACAUGGGUGAAGAUCACAAGUCAUCGGUGACAGAGCUAUUAAUGACUCAUUAAGAGCAUGACUUUCACUGGUGCAAAUACAUGUAUUGAAACUGUAUUAUUCCACUCCCCAUUUCUGCAUCUUCCUUUUUUAUCACUUUCUAAUAAUAAAGAUUUUUUUUUAAAAAAAAACAUUGUGCUCUUCAGGGGCAGUUUUUCAUUUUACCCUUAUAAACAGUCAUGUUAGUUCUUUUGGAGUUUGAAAUUUAAAUUUAAUUUAAAUUUACUAGUCUAAUUGUUUUUGAAAGUGCCAUAUUCAUUGAAAAUCAUUGGAAUGUCUGACUUGACUUCUGCAGUAAUUGCAGCUUUACAUUUGUUUUGUUCUUGACCAUACUGAGAUACUGAAAGUAGUAACACUGUGUCAAAGAAUGGAUCAGAGUGAUGUAAUUUCCGUUUUUGACUGUUACCCAUGUUUUGUUUCUAAACGUUCUGAGAAUUGAACUAUUGAAGAAUUAAGAUGUGAGCAUGGACACAAUGUGAAUGUUUCUUUAUGUUUCUUUAUGUUGACACCACAAGCUUGAUCCUGCCCCUGUGAGUUUUGUUUUUUGCUCAGUGUCACUGCUGGCAUGACUAAGGAUGGCUUGUACGAGUAAAGCCAGCAGCACAGACCCAAGCCUAUACCCAUGGAAUGUAUUGCCAUUGCCUGCUUGCCACUCUAUUUGCAAAAUGCCAACGACAACAACAACAACAACAUAAUAAGCAACAAGAACUUAGAAAAAUUUUAGACCUUACUCUCUGUCAAAAUCAUGAUUCCAACAGUUUCCAGUGUUAAUAAUGAAUUGAAUAUAUAAAAAUUGCAAAGAUUACAUGCAGAGAUUGGUUCUGCGAUGAAAUUGAAUGCUACAGGGUCCCCACGUACGAGCUGUGGUAAUGUAACUCAUUGUUUGCAUCAGUGCAGCACCAUCUGGAUUUUUCAGGUGUAGGGGUACUGAGCUCCCUCACUUUGCCAAAUUGAUUUAGUGUAAUUAGUAGCUAUUUGGAGACAUAAUUGUGUAUGUAUAACUUAGGUUCAUACAGUCAAGUUUGCAUCAUUAAUAUGUUCAAGUGUAACAGAGACCACCCAGAACCCAGUGUGACUCUGCUGUAUGAUUUGUCACUGGAGAGCACUGCUUUAAAACUGGUUUUCCUCCUUUUUUUUUUUUUUUUUUUUUUUCCUAAAUACUGAAAUAAAUGAAAUAGGGAGUCAGACAUGAAUUUUUAAGUCAGUAGGGACGGUGAUUGCCUACUGACCAUCACUGGAACACCUUGGAGCAAUUGUUGACGUUCUCUGUGGUCCUUUUUUGUUGUUUACUUAGGUGGGUCAUAGUAUCAAAUUCUGAGUCUGUUCCAGUGUAAUUUUCUAUUUUAGCAUUUGUAAGAAAGUACAAAAUAAUUGAUAUUUUUACUUCGGAUUUUUAGAAUUUAUUGUUCUUAGAGUCAUAUUGAUCCCUCCCUUUAAAAAGCAAAACAAAACAUUUUGUCCUAAUGGCAAGUAUUAGCAAAGUAUAUCAUGUUAAACCAGGAAUAAAUCAUAAUAGAUGGUAGCAUUUGCUCGUUUUCCCCAUGUGCUAGCAACAUUCUCAAAGAAUUUAUGAAGAAAGUCAUGAAUGUACUAAAUAAUACACUGAUACUGUUUAUAUCCAUUUAAAUGUUUCCUGUUGAUUUAAAUAAUAGCAGACCAUGCACAAAAUGGAUAUCAGAGCAAAUAUGGCUAUAAUAAAAUGAAAACAUUUUACCAAAGAUAAAGAACUGAUACCACAAUGUCUGCAUCUUUCAUUUUAGUGCGUAAAUUUAGCAAAUUGAAUGUAUCAGAAACCAAGACUUUCUCUUGUAAUUGUAUGCUACCUAGCACCUCUGUGAAUUUUUUUUACAUGCACUUUUAUGGGAGACAUAAACUGACAGAAAAUAAUCAACAGCCUCUUAAUUUUGUGUUGUUAAUGCCUGACCAGAAGGUAAGAAAUAUGAAGUGCAGGUUUUCUUUGUAAUUUUCUUAUCUUAAUGUCAUGCAUGUUUUACAACUAAGUGAUUUUGAAGCUCCCAAAAUAAGUCGAUAGAUGUUAAACUUUUGUACAAUUGACAGAUGUUACUAGCUAGCAUGCAAAUUUGAGACAUACUGGCUUUUACUGUAGGUGUGGAUAUUUUAGAAUAUUUUGAAUCACCCUCUCCUGAUAAGGCACAAUCAGUCCAUUUACCUUAUAGACUAAUUAGUGAAAAAGAGAUUUUUCACCUUUUGAAAUGGCAUUUUCAAAAGUGGGCAUGGAAAGAUCCUCACUGUUUUUUCUCUUAACUUCUGUGUAAUUGCUGUGUACAUUCCUUUCAUCUCACUGUUCACAACCUUUCAUGAUUUGUUUGAUUGUAUGCUUUAUGACCGAUAUCAAGAAAAUACAGACAUAUGGGUAGUGAUGUAGCUCACUAAAGCUCACCCUUGCAGUGCAUCUGAAGUACAGCCACUUCAUCCAGUUGGUCUGUCCUGUAAAUAAAUUAAAGUUAUAUUAUUUUCAUA